CGCCAAAGAAAGUUGGGAACACCGCCUACAGAAACACUCUACAGACCCAUCAUCGUCAUUCCACCAAGAGAGACAUAGCCUGUUUAUAAUUUAAUUAGUUAUCAAAAAGAAUAGAUACCAUGAAGCUCCUGUCACUGCUMGUCUCUCUUUUGGCCUCUGGCUCCUCUUUGGCCUUUGCUCCUGCAAAGAUCGCCUCGACUCGCUCUGCUGCCGUUGCUCCUAUGCAAAUGGCCGCAAGCGAAGAAUUGUACAUCGAUGAAGAGCGUCGAUUCUUGAUGAACUUGAUCCUCGUCGGAUCUGCCGCUGUCACUGUUGGUGCCAUCGGUAUCCCGUACAUCCUCUUCUUCGUUCCUCCUGGUGCUGGAGGUGGCAGCGGUGGAGUCCCUGCCAAGGAUGCUCUUGGUAACGACAUCUUCGCCCAGGCCUACCUUYMMUCYAAGYCUGCCGGAGAYAGAUCUUUGGCACAGGGAUUGAAGGGAGAUGCCACUUACCUUAUYRUCAAGGACGAUAACACYCUUGAAAACUACGGUCUUAACGCUGGUAAGUCGAAGGAAUGCAACAUGUGAUGAUUCGGUGUAUGGUCUUCUUGGUUUCGUAUCAAUUUCUGUGCCAAGAGUGGAGUAAAAUUCCUGAAAGUCCUCCUUAAAUCAUAACGAAGCAAUGACUAACAUUCUGAUACUCCUCUCUGCAUUCAAAMAACCAGUCUGCACUCACUUGGGUUGCGUUGUCCCAUGGUCUGCCGCCAACAACAAGUUCAUGUGCCCUUGCCACGGAUCCCAAUAUGCCCCUGACGGACACGUCGUYCGUGGACCUGCCCCUCUUCCCCUUGCUCUUGCCCACUGUGACACCGCCGAAGACGGAAAGAUCACCUUCRCUCCUUGGACCGAGGAUGAUUUCCGAACCGGAGGCAAGGGAUGGUGGAACUAAACUAAGGCAGGCAUUUUUCUCGUGCACGUACACGUUGCUAGCCUUGGUCAAAGAWAUUAUAUCCCACCUCGAACAUUAUAGA